AGCAACAAAAAGUCAAAAACUCCACCCAUAUGCCAUUUUGAUGAAUCAUCCAAAAGAGGGUCGAAGAUGCAAUCCAAAAUAAAUUCCUUCUUCAAGCCUCAUUCUCUGUCGGUUGAGCGCUCAAAUUCACCUCCAGUUUUUAGCGAUGAUGAGAGCGAUGAAUUAGCCACCUAGGAGAAGAGUCAGCAUACCAUUGUUAACACCUACAUGCGUAGACCUUCAAAUUUUUAUGGGAAUGACAAGAAAAAAGAAUCUGGCGAUGACAAGUUCGACAAACCCAUAUCAGAGGCUAGGGUUUCAAGGGAAGAAUGUGGUUCAAAUGGGAGAAAUCUAAAUAAGAAGAGAAGUUAUGCACAGUUUCAUUUGGAGUUAGGUCAAUCUGAUUUUCUUCUCCAUGCCUGUUCAAUUUGUGGGGUCAAGUAUUCUCCCAGGGAUGAAGCUGAUGAAAGGAACCAUUCCAUUUUUCACAAGAAUUUCACUCUUGGGGUUCAAUUCAGGUUCAGGAUUGUUCUGCUGCUAUUUACAUAAAUACAAUAGUAGCAAAAAAAGAAGUUUGUUCUGAUCCAAAAGCUGAUAGAGUAUUUGAAGAAUUUGAAAAGUAGUGAAAGAAUGGUUUAUGACAGGGUUUUCCAAUUUUUCAAAGAAGAAAAAUGCUGAGAAUAGAUGGUCUCUGCAAAAAGAUGGGCUACAAGGACGCCAAGUUACUGAUGCUUUACAGGAGAAAUAUAAGAACAAACCUUGGUUAUUGGAGGAUGAAACAGGUCAGGCUCAAUAUCAAGGUCAACUUGAAGGUUCACAGUCGACAACUUAUUACCUGCUUAUGAUGCAAAGAAAGGAAUUUGUAGCUAUUCCUGCUGGUUUUUAUUAUGAGUGACAUAUUAUUGUUGUUUUGACUACUCAUCACUGUUCCGACCACUCAUUGCACUGUUGUUCUAUAAUAUCGCUAUAUUUGAGUCUUAUUAGUUUUUUAAUUGUGAAACUCUUUGGCAGGUACAAUUUUAACAAGGUUGCUCAGUAUAAGCAACUUACACUAGAAUAAGCUGAAGAAAAAAUGAAGAACAAGAGUAAGACUGUAGAUGGUUAUGAGAGAUGGAUGAUGAAAGCUUCGAAUAAUGGCGCUGCUGCGUUUGGUGAAGUGGAGAAGAUUGAUGAAAAAGAAACUGCUGCUGCUGGUGGGAGAGGACAUAAAAAGUCAACUGGUGAGGAGGAAGAAGGUCAUGUAUCAGAUAGAGGAGAAGAAGAUGAAGAAGAGGAAGCUGCCAGGAAGAAUAGGCUUGGACUUAACAAAAAAAGUGGUGAUGAUGAUGAAGAAGGUCCAAGGGGAGGUGAUCUUGAUAUGGAUGAUGAUGAUAUUGAGAAGGGUUAUGAUUGGGAGCAUGAAGAAAUAUUCACUGAUGAUGAUGAAGCUGUUGGUAACGAUCCUGAGGAAAGGGAUUUGGCCCCUGAAGUUCCUGCUCCACCGGAAAUCAAGGAGGAUGAAGACGAGGAGGAUGAGGAGCAAGGAGGAGGACUGAGUAAGUCCGGGAAAGAGUUGAAGAAGCUAUUAGGGAAAGCUAGUGGGCUUAAUGAUAUUAGUUUUCUUAGACAUUUGUUUUAUUAUUGUAAGAAUAUUUUUAACAUUGUAACUUUUAACAUUAUUGUAAGAAUAUUUUGAAUUAUACUUCAGUUAUCAAUUUAUAUCAUAUAUCUUUUUGUUGAA